CCAUAAACCGAGAGGCAGUUGGGGAGGGACGGGCUCACGAGAGAACAGUGAAGAUGUGGAGCUUUAUUCCAGCCCUACUUUGGCUCUGCACCUGGAUGCUGGUAACCGGGGACCCAGGCACCUGCCCAGAGGUGAAGGUGGUGGGUCUCUCUGGUGCUGAGAAACUCACCAUAUUACAGGGAUGCCCUGGGAUGCCAGGCGCAGCAGGAAGCCCUGGAGAAAAGGGGGCACCUGGUCAACCUGGCCUGAGAGGGACAGUGGGACCGCCUGGGAAAGCAGGACCGAAGGGGGAACGAGGAGACCACCCAGACCCUUCCUUCCUCUGCCAGAACGGGCCAAAGAGCUGCAAGGAGCUUCUGGGCAAAGGAGAGUUCCUGAGUGGCUGGCACACCAUCUACCUGCCGGACUGCCGACCGCUGAGGGUCUUCUGCGACAUGGACACUGAUGGCGGAGGCUGGCUGGUGUUCCAGAAACGCAUGGACGGCUCAGUGGAUUUCUACCGCACCUGGAGCGCCUACAAGAAGGGCUUCGGGAACCAGCUUUCCGAGUUCUGGUUGGGCAAUGAGAACCUCCACCUGCUCACCCAGGAUGGCGAGUUCCAGCUCCGUGUGGACCUGGUGAAUUUUAAUGACAGCAGCUCCUUUGCCAGCUACCGGUCCUUCAAGCUCAAAGGGGAAGAGGACAAGUACGAGCUUGUUCUAGGGACGUUCCUCGGCGGCUCUGCAGGUUUGCAGCCGAAAUUCCCUGAAGCCGAGGGAGGGCCGGAAGGGGGCCCAGCUUUCAAGCCACAGCCCAUGGCAUCAUGAGCAGAACAGUUCCGGAUGUUCCCCCUGGCCUGGGAAGCAGGAACAGCUGACUUGGCUCCGGAGGAGGGGGGCUGCUUCCCCGUGGGAACUGCUGCAGGGUGAUUUGACUGGAUAUAGCCAGCCAGGGCAAAGGUGCAUCAUGAAGCUAAUGUUGGACACAAUCCAGAGCCCACUAAAGUCAAUGCAGAGAUGCCCACUUUGAAUCAGGCUCAUUUCGCACCUCUGGAUCAUACUAAUUAUCACGUGUUAUUACAAACAUGAAUAUGUCGCUCAGCACCCUUCCCUCAGGGAUCUCCAAGAGCUGCACAGUGAAGUCAGGAUCCCCAUACCCACAGGAGGUCAGUAAAUAUUAUGUUAUUUCUUUGUCCAGAGUGGGAGAACGAAUCUACAGGCUAGUCCUCUCUUAGUCACAAAUGGAUCUGUCAGGUCCCAGGCUGGAGCAGGAGCAUCCUCCAUUGUCUUCAAUGUAUUUGUUGAGUCCUUUAUAAAACGUCCUCUCAGUGAUGCCAUCCCGACCCCCGCAGCCAAGCGUCCCGCUCCGAGCUCCCAGUCUCUUUACAGCUAAGCGAGUUGGUGCAGUUUGGAAGCUCCACACAGAGGCUUCUCUUCCUUCCCCGCCCCUCUGCCCUUUAUCCCAGCGUGGGAGGAGGUGAACGGAUGAUAAAUCCUAAAAUUAAAAACCAGCAAUGGCGCCAGGAACGCAGCCCUCUGGGCCAAGUGACUUCUGGCCUAUUGCAGAUUCCCAGCCUCGGACUCCAUUCCCAGCAGACUCGCUACAUCUCUGAGCUCCACAGAAAGAACAUGUCCUUUCUCCCAUCACAGCAGUCAGCCCAUCUAAAGCCAAACCGCCCUGUGCUCGCUGCUUUUUGGAAGUCCUGAGGAAAGGGGGAAGCGAGCAGGGACGGACAUGCUCAUGGGGGGGGGGGGGCGAAAGACAGCGAUGCUAGUCAAAAGUGUUUGAUGUGUGCACGCAGCUUUUUGGAGCCGAAAGCUGUGUUUUUCCUGGAGACUUGGCCUGUGGGCUGCUUUCUCCAUCUCUCUCACACACACAAGUGCCUAUAGCCAGCUUUGCAGUCCAGGGCAGCCAGCCCUAAAGCUGGACAAACAUCAGGCAGAUGGAAACAACCUAAGCCCCUCUCUGAAGAGCGUGAAAUAUAUUUUGUAAAUCUGGGACUGAACGCCCCAGGCGAUAGCGUGUCACACCACAAGGUGAGUGUAGAGGGAAUUCCUCUCUGCCUACUGCCUUCAAAGCCUUCCCCGGUCAUAAAAGACUCUGUGUUUGUACCAUCCUGUAUGCUGAAAGCCGGGCUUUUUGCUAGACUAAUUUUCCUCCACAUCUCUCGCUAUGGAAAAAACUGAACUUCAAUUAACUGAAGCUCCAUUUGUCUGCACCACCCGUUUUCCAUUACAGGUUUGUCUCCCCUGACAUAUGUUAAUUGCACUGGCAAUUUGCUCUAAACUUCAGUUACCCAAAUGGCUGACAUUCAGAUAAUGGAGGUUCAACUGCACAAUGUUCCCUUCAUUAGUCUUUGCACAUUUGUCUUCUUUUAUCUCGAGUUUUAAUAAGAGACGUAUUGGAGUCUAAAUAUCUUUAGCCGCAUUUGAGAUUGUAUGCGACGUGAGCGCUUGCAGCGCUUCCAGAAAUGCGUUUGCCAAAUUCAGGGGUGCGUCUGUCCUCUCCACUCCGUAGUGCAGGGGCACGCUUGCUCACAUCCUUGCACUAUGUGUGUGCACAUCCAUGCCUUUGUGCACACACAUCGGAAAUGCUGCUUGUGCAAAAAGAUGCAUCUGCCAUUUGGGCCGCUCGCUGCCUUCCAGAGCAAGAAGAAACCGCCGAGGUUUGUAAGGUAACUCACUUCUCUUCAUGUGUCAACAUCGUAAUGCCCACAUCUGUAAUUUUCACUCCA